AUGACGAGAAAGAGCAAGAAACCAAUCACGCCCAUCUGUCCAGGUAUCAGCGAACUCGCAGUCGAAUCCGAAACUGACAGUCGCCGCUCCAGCGCCGAGAGUUGGAAAGCCAGAUACGAAGAAAUGAUAGACAUUGCGCUUCUCCCGACACAGGAAGAGAAGGACGCGGCUAUAGCGAAGAUAGCAAUAGGGAAGAACUCUUACGUUGAUUCGAUCCGAAAGAAAGGCCCCGGGUGUGGAUUUUAUGAGUGUCCGACCGAGUCUACAACCGGAACUACGGAGUCCGUGACUACUGGUCCCAGAAUUAUUCAGGAGCGUGAACCUACGCGGGCAAGUGAAGAAUCCCCGCGCCCGAGAGAACGAUAUGUGCGACGAAGGACAUGGACCCUGCAAGACCAGUAA